CGGUGCUUUCCAACUGUUAUUAAACAAAACGAAGAAGGGGGAUCCAACGUGUAACGGCUGAGUGGCUGUGUGAAAACUCUCCCGCAGUAACACUGCUUUCAUUCUAGUUAUUUGAGAUGGAGAAUGAUAUUCUCGUCUCGCUGGAAGAUUUAGGCUAUCAGGGCCCUCUAUUGGAGGAUGGAGCUUUGGAUUCUGCUGUCAUCGGAGGACCAGCCUCCCCAGAGUUCACCAAGCUCUGUGCUUGGAUCAUCUCAGAACUCAGACUGUAUCACAAGCUGGAGGAAAAUGUCCAUGCUACUAACUGUCCCAGUGAGGCAGAGGGGUUCCAGUUGGAGAUGAGCGGUCUUCUGUCAGAGCUCGCCUGCCCUUACAGCACUCUGACCACCGGAGACAUCACCCAGAGGUUUCUGAGCAGAACUGACUGUCUGCUUCUAAUCACCUUUUUAGUAUCCGAGUUGGAAGCGUCAAGAAUGAUCCUUGUUAACAGGCCUCAGAAGAAAGGCCAGGAAUCUGGCAGCCCCGUCUUCCUGGAACUCAAGGGUAUCUGCAUGGCAUUGGGGAUGUCCAAACCUCCAUCAAACAUCACCAUGUUCCAGUUCUUUUCUGGAAUUGAGAAAAAGUUAAAGGAAGCUGUAAGUCGGGUCCCACCAAAUCAUGUUGGAGAACCUCUGAUGAACAAACCCCUUGGACCUGUGCAUAUGGAGAAGAUUGAAGCUAUUAACCAAACUCUGGUAAAUGAGUAUGAAGUAAGAAGAAAGAUGUUGUUGAAACGUCUUGAUGUAACUGUACAGUCUUUCGGCUGGUCUGAAAGAGCAAAGAUCCAAGCUGAGAGGUUGAGCAAAGUGUACCAGCCGCUGCGUUCUGCCCUCCUCACCAAAAGUAACAUUUCUGUCGCUCACCUGCUUGCUGCUCGACAAGACAUCUCCAAGAUCCUGCGUACAAGCAGCGGCAAGAUAAGAGAGAAGACGGCCUGUGCCAUUAAUAAGGUUCUGAUGGGUAGAGUACCAGACAGGGGUGGAAGACCAUGUGAGAUCGAGCCUCCACCUCUAGAGAUGCCAUCAUGGCAGAAGCGUCAGGAUGCCCCUCAAAGUGGAGGCCACUACAGCGGGGGGCACGGGGGCAGCAGAGGGGGCUAUGAUAACUUUUCGUAUGGUGGCCGUGGAGGCUAUGAAAGAGGAGGGGGGCAUGAAGACAGGGGAGGCAGAGGAGUCGGUGGCAGAGGAGGGAGAGGUGGGUACAGCCAGGCUCACUACCAGGAAGCAGGAAAUUAUCAUGGGGGUGGAGGGAGAGGAGGUUACACAGGAGGAGGAGCCAACCAAGGAAGUUUCCAGGAUCCGGGCUUUCAAGGAGGAGGUGGGGGUUACCACAACAAUUAUAACCCGGACGGGGGCUGGCAUCAGGAAAGAGGCGGGGGCCGUGGAGGCCGAGGGGGCAGGGGAAGAGGUGGCAGAGGAGGUCAAGGAGGUGGCUGGGGCAGUAGAGGGAGUCAGAAUUUUAAUCAAGGAGGACAGUUUGAACAGUUCUUCCAGCAGGGAGGGCAGCACUACAAUCAAGCCGGCUUCAAUCAAGGCAGACACUACACCAGUUGAAGAUGCAGUGUGGGGCAUUGCAGCAGAGAUCACAUCAACACUGAAUCCAUGAACUUCAGUGAAAGGCCUUAUCCAUGUUAUAGUUUCAGCAAACAAGAAAAUUAUUGAACCAGAAAUAUGAACACUACAUAUUUUUAUUUAGAUCACAUAUUCUCUAUGGACUGUUAAAUGGUUGCAGGUAUAAUCUUCUGCAUCCUGGUAUGUUUUCAUUUUUUUCUUAUUAAUAAUUGUUGAUGCCCCACAGCUCUAUUUAAAUAACUCAACUAGCUGGACUCUGCUGUGCUGACCUCAUCCUGAUAGUUAAUCAGCCUUACUGAAAGUUCUUCCUUAACACAGAAAGCGUUCCUUGCGUGUCAGUGUUUGUGCACCUACUGUGUACAGUGCACAUCAGUACUACACAAGUGUCACUGAAAUCAAAGAUUACUUGAAAGGGGUUCAUUUAAGUAUGUUUGGCUGGAAUUCCCUUUGUUACUUAUUUGAAAGAGGCCAACUUGUACAGCUGUGUGGAUACAACUAGAAAUGUUGGAAUGUGUGGAUGUAUCAAUGAGGAUUAAAAGUUUAAAAAAGA